GCUGCAUGGGACAUCAACUGUCUUCUGGAUAUUAACUUGCUCUAGUGAAGUAUGGCCACAUGUCAUCUUCUUCACUACUAUCGGGACAGCCGUCACUUGUAUCAACGAGUUCACCAGCGCGAGUCUGGGAGUCAACUACUACCCGUUCACCAUGGUCGCUACGGUAGUUGCCUUCGUCACUUCGUUCCACGUCAACAACUGCUAUAACCACUGGUGGGAAGGCAGGGUUAUCUGGUCGAAUAUCACCUCUAAUUGUCGUUCGCUUGCGUCCCUGAUCUGGCUGCAUGUGAGUCGAAUCACUGUCUUUGUUUGGUCGCUGAGCAUACGGUCCAAGGUACCGAAUGAGCCUUCAGUACCUCGAUCCGCCCAUCCGAAGGCCAGGACUUCGAGAUCCAGACAAUACACGACUCGUCCGGUACGCAAGAGCAGCACAGCAAGGAAAUGUAGGGAUAUGAAGAGCAUAGUCUCAAGUCCAGGAGACGAGACGGACUCGACUUGGUGGUCCGAGAAAUGGAAAGACACCCAAGGAAGAAGGCGGGAACACGAUGGGUCGGAGAGUCCGAAAACCCCAGCGGCAGUCGCCCUCCCUUCGACUGAAUCGUAUUUCGACAUCAAUCCGAGGGCAGAAGAGCGGGGCAGUGUCAAGUUUGCAGAGGAACCAGAGACGAUGUACGAAAGCGGCUCAGACGAAGAGCCUUUAAGAGGUGACGAAGAGGACGAGACGUUGAGUGAACACGUUGAGCACGAACAGGAUGAGGUAGAUCCUGCUAUUGCGGGAAUCGUCGAGAAGAAGACUUUCAUUGGAUUGAUUCAGGCAUAUGCUAUUGCGCUCAAGCACAGUCUGCGGGGUGAACGAGGGCCAUUCUACACGGAUCUGUAUCCCCUCAUAUCGUUCUUGCCAAAAUACAACCCGUCCAUUGGCCAACCCAUCUCGAGAGACUCCCUCUUCCUCAUGUGGCAGAAUGGCCUGCCCCAAGAGAAAUGGCAUCGCCCAAACGACUUCGCAGCGAUCCCUCUGACGCAGGUCGCAACCUACAAUGGAUACACUGUAGAUAUUGAUACCGGCCUACCUGUCUCAUCACCGUCAUCUGAUCCCAAAACCAAGGAUAAAGAAGCAGGUCACACGGGUCUCACUACCAACACGUCGGAAUUCACAGAUCAAGCGUUCGAAGCGGCAUCCUGGUACGUACCCGAAGGUCGAGAUACGAUCACUUUCACCAAACCCAUCCAUCACCGACUAGGACAUGACAUUCGGUUUGUCCAUCCUGAGCCUAAAGGCAGGAUGCACCGGGGUGAACGUAUUGGAAGUUAUGGUCAGCGAGUCAAUAUGACUACUGCUGAAUUGAUGCCUCCUCGACAUCCUCCUCCGCCCAAAAUCUGGGAUUACCUGAGACCAUUGAGGAUCUUCAAGGUCAUUGCGGAUAAAAUAAAGAGUCGAGAAUCGCUCGAUAAACAGCUGAGAGUCAAAGGAGGGAAGAGGAAUAGGAGACAAGUUGGAGUCAAAGCGGAGAUCGCGCACGAAUUACUGCUCUACCUUGGAUCCUACGCUGCGGAUCUCGAUAAACGUGGUCUGUCCAACGCUUUCCUCUCCAACACUUUUCUCGUCCAUAUCCAUGAAUUGCAGAAAGCCAUUGCGGACCUCGAGAAGAUUGUCAACACUCCUAUUCCCUCUGCUUAUAGAUCACAUCUACGUCUAGUAAUCUGGGCAUACCUCACGUUCUUACCCUUUCAACUAUAUCCACUGGUGGGUUGGGUCACCAUCCCCGCCAUCGCUUGCAUCGCCAUUGUUUAUCUUGGCUAUAUGGAAGUUGGAGCACAGCUAGAGAGGCCCUUCGGAUACGAGCGGAGUGAUCUGGAUCUCGAUUGGUUCUGUCUCAAUAUCUGUACUCAGAUCGCAGAGAUCACAGCGUUCCCAACCUCAGUCCCGUGUAGCGAGAUCAUCCGACAUCACUGUAAUCAACCUUUUACACCUGCCCUCUCUCGCUCAGCAGUGGAGAUCAUCGGUUCGCCAGAAGCCCAUCCUACACCGAAUUCUAAAGGAUUCGCAGCUUCGUAUCGCGAUGCAGUAGCGCCACACUCGACAGUAGAGUCCCACACGGGAGGGAUUGGCAAAUCUCAACGAAAAACUAAGGCACCAUGUACAAUGCGAGAUCUCGAACUUGCCGCGAAUCAGAAUGCUCGAGAGUCGGAGAUUGUGGCAAGUCUUCAGAGAGCUCGACCCUGGACAGACCUGGAAAGAAAGACGAAUCAAGAGGUGGCUGUCCUUGCCAUCUGAAAGCUUGAGACAUCUUUCGUAGCAUGUCUUUCGGCAUGUCCGACCGAACGAAGACUUGAUGCCUUCACUUUGUACAUACUUACACAUAUCACGAAAACGCAUUACACACACGCAUAACGCAUUUGCACCUCUGCAUCACACACGAUCUCAAGGACAGUUGCACGAUAUCAUGACCAUGCAUAUGCAUAUGAAGCAGAUCACAGCUGCUCAGGAACCAUCUCUAGUUACGCGAGGGUAGCGACAGUACUUGUCCGUCACAGAUACGACUUCGUAGUCUCCAGGUGAAGUCGACGAGAUGGUGUACGAGAAUUUCAUGAUGUCAGAGACAGUCUGAGGGAAAUUGU